GAAUAUUGAGCUCAUUUCUUACUUACGAAUUCUACCCCCGUGCCACCACAUAUCUUACAUUGAUGAGGCACCGAAUCUCUAAGUUAUCAAUAGUAAUAUAAAAAUUUAUACUAAAAAUUUGUAUUGUGUUUCCAUUUAAUAAUAACUUUCUCAUUACUUGGAAAAAAAGGAAAAAGAAAAUCCCCCAAUACUAGGUUUUGUAACAAGGGUUAUCCCGUUGAGCCUGGAUCGCUGGAGUAAAUCCAAGAUCUUUCAGCAAUUAGAAAUCAACAGAGCCACGGCUGCGCUUCUAACUCCAAGUCCACGGUGUCGGUUAAUGCUAAUGAAAAUUCCUCACGUGAUUUCGAAUCUAUUAGCUCAUCAAUCAUUAGUUCCCCAAAAUCGUUGGCUUCUUCUCUCUAUAUAUAUUCACACCAAUCCCCAGAUGUGAAAUUCACGGUCGUUUCCCCCAAUUUAUAAUUCCUUUUCUUUGGUUCCUACCUCCAAUGAAUUUCUUCAAAUCCGUGUUCGCAGACGAACCUACUCCACCGGAUUCACCUAAAUCCCCGCCCGAUACUCCGACCUCCCUCUCCCAAUCCCAGAACCCGGGUCCCGACCCCAGCCCUACCGCCAAAACCACAUGGUCCUUCGGCGGCCUCUUCAAGACACUCGCCACCUCAUCGGAGUCUUUCAUCGAAUCCUACCGGAAGGAUUUCGAGGAAUUCGGAUCUGGCCUCAGACAGGAGACGGCGGUCAUCCGGGAAGUUGCCUCGCGUGCUGUGAAGGACCUUCCGGCUUCUUUCGAGGUCGGUGCUUCCGUCGCUCAGGAAUCGUUAGAAACCGUCGGACAAGCCAUCGAUGACAUCGGAGCCACCGUUUGGAAAUCCACUGCUCAAAUAAUCACUCACGGUAGGGACUCUAUUCUAGCUUCAGAUCAUGAUGAUUCAGAUUCCCCUAUUAAAUAUUAUAGCCACAAUAAGCAACAGACUCUGAACGUCAAACGGUAUAGUCGUUUUGAUAUGCAAGUGCGUGCAAUACAGUGUGACUUGAAUACUUACUGUACUGAACCGGAGGAUGAAGUUGAGUUUGAUAAAUGGAGAUCAGAGUCCUUUGUUCUGGAAGAGAAUAAAGAGGAAAUUGAGAAAAUAUAUAGUGAAAAUGGGUUUGUUAAAGAAAUUUAUAAUCAGGUAGUGCCUAAUAGGGUAGACGAUGCUGGUUUUUGGAGUAGAUAUUUCUAUAGGGUGCACAAGUUGAAGCAAGCAGAGGAGGCCAGAGCCUUGCUUGUACAGAAAGCGAUUUCUGGUGAGGAAGAGGACUUGACCUGGGACUUUGAUGAUGAAGAUAAGGAGGAGGAGGAGGAUGAGAGAAAUGGGUCUUCACGAGAAGGUGAAUCUAGUGGAAGUAAUGAUACUGGCAAGUUGUCUGAUGAGAGCUUGGUUAAGGUUGAUUACAGUGAAAGCGCUGAUGUGCAUAAUAAAAAUCCCAAAGACAAAAUGGAGAAAGGCGAUGAUAAUAAGCUGGAGAAAACUGAGGAGAAGGCAGCGGCAGUGGAUUUCAAGGGAGAUAACGGUGAGUCCUGUAAAGAUAGUGAUGUAUCAGUGGUUUCAAGCCAGUCAUUGUUACCAGAAGAGGACCUUGGAUGGGAUGAAAUUGAAGAUAUUGAUGAAAACAAAGGAGAAACCAUGGGGAGCUCUACAAGUACUAGUAGAUUAGAUCUGCGCAAGCGGUUGAGUGCUGCAGAGGAAGAGGAGGAGCUGAGUUGGGACUUGGAUGAUGAAGAUGACGAGCCUAGUAAACCAUGACACAAGUGAUGGUAGGUAUAGGAGUUGGAUACUCUUUAGUUGUUGAUCAUUUACAUGUGAAAAUGAUUUGUUCAGCGCCAUAGUUAUGUAAUUAUUCGUCUUGAAAGUUUCCUCCUUGAGUUUCAAUGAUUGGACUUCAUGUUUC